AGACCAGACGUUUGUUUCUCAACAGUUACCAUUUGUGACCGCUCAACUUGAUCCGUGAACUAUAGGUUUUAUAAUCACCGGCGAUUACCAAUGGCCUGAUCCUAAUAAUGCCUCGACGUAAACAGCAGAGUCCAAAACGUUUGAAAACCUGUUUGGAAACAGGGCAGGAGAUGGACGUAGAUGACGAUAAACUGGACGACGACGAUGUUUGUAAUGUUUCCAUGGAUGCAGAAGAUGCAGACGAUGAAGGUGAUGGAGAAAAGUAUGGCAUUAGAAAAUAUAUUAAAAGGAAGAAGAAUUAUGAAAGAGGAAAUGGCGGAAGACAGGAAUCUUAUCGGGAUGAGAGAGACACUUUAAGUGAUUAUAGUGAUGAGGAAGAUAGGCCACUUAAUCUUAGUGGAUUGAUGGGAUUAAAAGCAACAGUGGAACCCCAUCAUAUCGUCCACUAUCUACCGAGUACUCCGCCAAAUGGAGUUCAGGAGAGAGACUCUGAUGAAGCGAACGCGCAGGCUGCAGCUGUUGCAGCAUCAAUUGCGCUGAAAUCAGGUGAACAGACUAAUUUAUCGGCCGCCCAUGCCACGUGGGUGCAGUCAGUACAGGAAAUGAUGUCAGCUGAGAACAUGGGAGAAGAAACUAUUUCCCACUGUUUGGAAUGUAACAGCAGGUUUGUGAGUAACGAUGAACUCCUGGUACACCUGCAAGAGACUGGUCAUAUUACGGGGCGGCCACUUGAUCCAUCAGUUAAUGACGUCAGUACAUGUAAAGGAUACGAUUUAUGUAUCGGCCCUAAUGGUCAAUUGUUUAGUAAAUGUUUUUUGCGUAGACAGCAAAAACGAUCAACUGAGACUGGGACGAAUGUGUGUAACUUGCGCUGUAAGCAGUGCUCAAAAACUUUUCCUACUUUGCUUGCCCUCACCCUACAUAUGAAAGAAUUAAAGCAUUUUAAUCCAAACCGGGGAAACCGUAGAAAAAAGCCGAAAACGCAUCAUUUGGAUUAUGAGGAGGAGAUUCAGGUGGACAAAGUCAUGAAAUGUAUGGUGUGUAACCGUUCCUUUGAUAACCUGCAGGACCUGACAAUGCACAUGAUGGAAACGGAGCACUUCAGUCGUGUUCCCGGCUACAAGACUGAAACACUGUUACAGCAGCAGCAAGAACAACUACAACAAGAGCAAGAGGCUGAGGAGCUCAUUCCUGAGGAAAAGGAGGAAAACCCACUGGUUGAGUCAGAGAAGAAAAUGCGAGUCAUUGUAUCUGAUCCUCCAGUGAUCGCGGCGGCCAGGGCGAUAAGAAAGGUAGCGUCUGAAGCAAAGACUCAUUCAAGUACAGUAAACAUGUCUCCCAUCACUACCCAUAGGACUGUGUUAGAUGGUUUGUCUACACCCAUGCCCCCCAAUCAUUCCAACCACAGAGGUAUGACAGUUCGUGCACGUCUUCAAAAUAAGACUAAUAAUUCUCGGGUGCUAAGAUGCCUUGCAUGUGACCAUUCCUUUGAUAAUAUCCACUCACUGACGAAACACAUGACAAUAACGGGACAUUAUCAAAAGACGAGUGAUGAUGGCUUGCUCUCACAGUCUACCAUGCCCUUGGAAGCAAAUGGCAACAUGGUGAAGUGGGAACUUGUUUCAACGGUACCGACAAGUAACGGUAUUUAUACACAUGUGAAAUCAAAGGUUAUUUCGCAUUCUAUCAAACGUGAAGCCGAAACACCUGAUCACUCAGAGGGGAGAAGUGAAUCCCCUCAGCUAAAGCAGAGACUAAGAAACACACCACCAUUGACGGACGAAAUCGCAGCAAAGAAUCCUACUUCUACUCAUAAUGUCCCAGAACCUGACAUUCGGAUUCCCACAAAUAGGAGUAGGGAAGUUAAAUACCUUAAUCCUGAUCAUUUUGAAUUCCAAAUGCGGAACAAUUUGAAUCCUCUAGGAAACUUGGAAGCACUGGUUCACGGAGCUACUAUGGGGAGGUUUUCUAUGAGAACUGCCAAUAACAUUCCAAUGUCAAUGAAACUCCCAGAGAGGGCACAUACAGUACACUGGACACAUUUGCCAAUGAAUUUAAAUAACCCCUCGUAUGAUUGCCCGGUUCCCCUCAAGAGUUCACAUGCCUCUGGUCAGUGUAACCGCAGCAACAAUUGCAACGACCGAAAUUGCAAUUUUUUUGCCACUAUGGCAAGUGAAGAUAAACCGCUGGAUUUCUCCAUGCCAAAACAGCCCAGGAACAACAAAAAUGAAAGCAACAGUAGGGAUAAUAAUAAUAGGACUUACAACGCAGCACCACUUGUUACCAUUAAAGCAGAACCCAGGGACACAAUGGAGGUACAGGCUGAACCGCUAGCAUUAACGGUGAAAAAGAAAAAAACUGAUACAGAAAAUAAGGCCAAAGUUGAGUCACGGUAUGAAGGCCUUGCUAGUAAAAUUAAAACUGAGCAAACAAGUAGUGAGUCGGUUAGGCGAUCUCCGAGAGUUCACAGCAUAUCAAAUAAAAAAGUCAAGCAAGAGUACAUGAUUACCCCACUGGAAGCCUCCUCUGAGGGGAGAGUCAGAGAUAGAAAUAAAACUAAAAACUGUUCUCCCGAAAGGUUGACAAAAUCAAAACACAGCGUGACCUCCUGUGAUGCAGUAGAUGCACCGAGGACAGUGUAUCCACAGGUCAAUCAAAACGGUUACCUAGCAACAACCAAGGGUGGGGUGUUGCCCAUGGGAACAGGUGCAUAUGAAGGACAGAAUGAUGACCCUUUGAAGGCCAUGAAUAAACUGGUGCAAAACGCUGUAGUUGGGAGGCAGUCUCCAGGAAGUAGGCAGUCCAGUAGGAUAGACAAUACAGGGACACCUGAUGGAGAGACAGAGUGUGGACUGAAAAUUGCUUUGUUUGGCCCGAUUAUGGGCAAUGACGAUGUGGCCUCAAAUCCGCUUGAAGAAAUUGAUAAACUUGUCAAUGCCGCGAUUUGA